GUUACCUUCAAGGACAUUGUGCAACUUACUUUUGGUAUAAAUUACAUAUUAAAUCAACAGGUUACCACUCUUAUGGAUGAUACCAAACAUUUGCUGGAUCAAAUUAUAAGGAAAAAAUUCGAUUUAACUCAACCCACGCAGCGAACAAAUCAAAGCGAGAGUUUCAGUUGUCGAAAAAGAAAACGAAUCAUUACAAAGCAAACAACUGUCUGUGUAGCAAAGAGAGCUAGAGUAAUUGAACCGCAGUUAUUGGACGAACAAAAUGUAGAUUACUAUAGGCAUAUGUUAACCGAAUCUCAGCAAUGGAAUACGCAGACUGAAAAUGUAGCUAUUGAACAGUCACAAACCAUUGAAGUUGCUCGGACUUGCUUACCCGAGCACACGAUCAGUGUAACACAUGAGCUAACUUUUACCGAGAUUGACCAGGACAUAAUGUGGAACAAUGGAUUUGGUGAAUCCAAUCAAGUUGACAUAACAGCGUUUGAAGAAUUUCUGCCAGCCAGAAAUGCUGUGAAGCGUAAGUCGCUUGACCUCUGUACUACAGGUGCUUUGUGCUACAAAAUGCCGAGAUUAGCAACAGAUACAAUUAUGGGACAUACCAACGAUAAUCCACAAGCUUCCAAUCCUAGUCAAGAGCUGAAUCUAGAUAUGGAGGUGCUGGCAAUGUCUCCAAAAAAAGCUAAAACUAAAUCAAAACGUAAAAUGAAAUUGGCUAGAGAUCAGGUUAUCAAAAUUUCACGACAAGAGCUCCUCCGUGACAGAGAAAUAUAUUAUAAAGCAUUAGAGAGAGAAAGAUUGCGAAAAUCUAAAAUUUUGAAAAACAAUAAUACGCGUAACACAUUACUAAGCAGUUUUAGGCAAAGUCAACAUUUUCCAGAUUGCUUAAAACGACAACUGCAGCUGUCUAGUGAACAAAUAGAGUCGGACUGUGAACUGACAAUACGAUCUAUAUUUGGCGCUGAUUAUUGUGACGAACUGUCCAGAGAAAUACUAUCUGUAAGACCUCUAAGUCCUAAACAAACAGAUGCUUUAGAAAUUGCUGCUCUGCCAGCUUUAGAACUAGAGCCAACAGUACAACACUCCCCACCAACAAUUGAAGUCCCACAAUGCGGAAACAACAACAAUAAUAACUAUAUCACUUAUAAUUACGAUAUAUGUAAUAUUGAUUCUUUGGGCAUAAUGAUGCACUUGCUCAGCAUAUGGCGCAAUAAUCCCGAUCUAAAAUCGAUUGAUGCCAACAAAUUUGUCAAAUCAUUUCCCGAUCGUUUUAAAGCUGCCCUGGCUUUCAGUCAUUUGUUAUCUCUUGCAAAGGAUGGCUUUAUAGAACUCACCACGAAACGGAACUCUUUAGAAAUACACGAAAUUACUUUGGGCGCAGAGUCCAAUAGGCUUAUAGAAGAAAACUUAACGAAUUAAUUUCUAAAUCUUAGUUAAUUAA